UCAGCCAUAGAGAUGUACCGUACUAAUUAUUAGUACCGGUAUACAUCUCUAUGAUCUCAGCUCACUCUGGCAUAGACGGCUUGGCAAGAAAAGCCUAGCAGUGAUGCACUUGUAGUACUUAUUAGAUGUUGCAAUAUCAACUGAAUCGCGUGUGCUUCUUGUCAGAGAGAGAGAGAGAGAGUAAAGAAACAUGGGAAGGCUAAAGGAGGCUGGACAGCAGAUAACGGCAGGAGGCUCGGCAGGUCUUGUUGAAGUCAGUAUCAUGCAUCCACUUGAUGUGAUCAAAACAAGGUUUCAGAUUCAAGGUGCACCUAACAGCACAAUGAAGUACAAUGGAAUGUGGGAUUGUGUUAAACAGAUGACCAGGACAGAAGGAACCCUGUCCCUGUACAAAGGUAUAUUACCUCCCAUUAUGGCAGAGACUCCUAAAAGGGCCACUAAGUUCUUCACUUUUGAACAGUAUAAAAAGAUAUUCCUCUUUGGAAGUUCCUCACCAACUGCGCUGACAUUCACUCUUGCAGGGCUUUGCUCAGGGUUGACUGAGGGAGUACUAAUCAAUCCAUUUGAAGUGGUGAAAGUAAGGUUACAGGCUGAUCAAAAUACAUUCAAAAAGCAACCGAGUGCAUUUGGAAUGGCAAGACAUGUGAUAAGAACAGAUGGAUUUGGUUCCGAUGGUCUCUUUAGAGGACUCACAGCUACAUUGGGUAGACAUGGUGUCUUUAAUAUGAUCUAUUUUAGUUUCUAUCACAAUAUCAAGGAUUUAAUACCAUCCUCACAGGAUCCACGACUAGAGUUUGGGCGUAAGUUUGUAAUUGGUUUGAUGGCUGGUUGCCUAGGAUCUACAAUCAAUAUUCCAUUUGAUGUUGCUAAGAGUAGAAUACAAGGGCCACAGCCUGUUCCAGGUGAAGUCAAGUAUAAAGGAUGCUUUAGGACUAUAGCUAUGGUGUAUCGAGAAGAAGGAUUCUUUGCUCUCUAUCGUGGCCUUCUACCAAAGAUAAUGAGACUUGGACCAGGAGGAGCUAUCAUGUUACUAGUAUAUGAUCAUGUUUACACUUGGCUCAAGCAAAACACAUAACAUGCACUUCAGUAAAGGGUUUGUUCACUCACAAGUUUAUGGCUUCCAGUAGUUGGCUUGAUUUAUUGUAAAUUUUGUUGCCGUGGUAAAAUAGUUUUUUGUCGAUUUACAUGUCUGCAAACGCCUACCUCAUCAAGUCUUGCAGACAUGGUUUGUUGCACUGAGUGAAUACAUACAUGUACGUAUACAGGUACAUAGCAAAGAUUACUGCCAACCUUCAAUACAGUUGUUAUGUGGUGAAACCCUCUCAUGAAAACCACAAAAGCCUGUGAAAGUUGACCUUGAUGUCAGCAGAAGCAGCCAUCAUUGGUCAACAAGCAAUCUAACCAUGUUGAGGUGUGGUAAAAGUUUAUAUCUGGCCAGGGUUAGGUCAAUUAAACAUGUAUACAUGUACAUUCCUUUUCCAUUUGAUGAGUACUUUAAGUACUGGUAAAUAAUUGGUGACUCCAUGUACUAAUUACAUUCAUCUGAUU